UCUUAGCUCGACUGCGAUGCCUGCUUACGCCAGGGCUCCCACAGUCCGAUAAGCUAGUUAGCUAGCGCAGUUUUUCCCCAAUGGUUUCUUAAAACUCGUUUUUAAAGGUAAAGGCGGUGGAAAUGGUUUGACUGUGAGGUCUGUGAAGGACAUGAAUGUGGUCGGAUGGAGGAGUAGGAUGUUACUCGGCCGCGCCGUCGUGUGUUUAAGAGCGCAGUCGGGUAGUCGGGUCCGCUUGGGUUCUGCUAGCGAACAGCCUCGGCUAGCUGCGCCAGCCAGCUAGUCUGGAGCUGCGCCUUCGAUGACACAUUUCACCGAGAAUUCAGGAGAGAAGGCUGCAUGGCCUAUGUACUGCUGAGUUAGUGACUGGCCUUUGUGUAAGGAAGGGCAGAGCCAGGCACACAGCCUGAGAAAGAGAGAGACCGAGAGACACCGUGAGAGUGAGAGAUGGCCGUGCAGAACAGGAAUGCCGUGCUGGUCCUGUCUGGACGAGAGCGCGGGGCCAGGAUGCUUGGCUCCCAGCGGCUCCUGCAGCAGCUGGUGGAGGAACGGACUCGCUGGAUGAAACUGCAGAGUCAGAAAGUGGAGCUUCCGGAUAACCCCCGGUCAACUUUCUUACUGGCCUUCAGCCCAGACAGGAAUCUCAUGGCCUCCACUCAUGUCAACCAUAACAUUUACAUCACAGAGGUAAAGACAGGAAAGUGCCUGCACUCUCUGGUGGGUCACCGGCGGACACCAUGGUGUCUAACGUUUCACCCGACUAUCCCAGGCCUAGUGGCCUCUGGGUGCCUUGAUGGAGAAGUCCGCAUUUGGGAUCUACAUGGCGGCAGUGAGAGCUGGUUUACGGAAGGGAAUGUAGCCAUUGCGUCUCUGGCCUUUCACCCCACGGCCCAGCUGCUGCUCAUCGCCACCAACAACGAGCUGCACUUCUGGGACUGGAGCCGUCCCGAGCCUUUCGCUGUAGUCAAGACAGGCAGUGAGACUGAGCGUGUCAGGCUGGUAAGAUUUGAUCCUCUUGGCCACAAUCUUCUAACCGCUAUUGUGAACCCCUCCAACCAACAGAAUGACGAGGACUCUGAUGUUCCUAUGGACAGCAUGGAAAUGGCACUGUUUCGCCAGCGCUCCCUGUUACGCUCCCCACCAGUUCGACGCACCCCAAUCUUGCACAACUUUUUGCACAUACUUUCUUCACGCUCAUCUGGAGCCGCUGCUGGGGACCAAGCCCGGCCUGCACCGGAACCCCACGAGCCUCCUGCCAGCAUGCCACUGUUCCAGUACCCUGGGCGAGGCUCAGAUCUGGGCGAUCACCCUUCUCAGCAGGGCUGCACUCAGCACCUGGGGAUCGGCUGCUUGUGUAGCCGCUGUGCUGCUUCUCAGAGCGUUCUUGGCCAGAAUCCCUCACCUCUUCCUCCUUCUGAUCCUCCCCGCUCUCAUGCGCACCCACAGACUCACGCCGCACCGGGCACUUCGGCCUUCUCCACCACUCCCAGCCAGUCCCGGCCUUCUUCAGACAGACCUUCUGCUUUUAGUAGCGUGUACAGCGCAACUGCAGGGAGCUCGUUGCACAGAGGCCUUUCAUCUCUCAGAACUAGCCUACCCUUAGGCCCUCAGUCAGGCAGUCCUCUGGAGCCAGUUCGUCUGCCUGGGGCAGAGUGGUCCGGCAGCCUGCUGAGCACAGGGCCUGAGGCUGCACUUGGUGCUGGUGUCACGGGCAUUGCAGCCAGGGGUGUUGUACUUCCUCCCAGGACUAGCUCCUCAUCCAUGGGCCUGCACUCACUACACAGAUACCCUGAUGGAUCCUCUUCCUCCCCCAUAUACACGUCAGCCACUGAGGGCCGUGGUCUGGUGAUGCCCGGCACAGACCCCAGACAGGUUAGGGCCAGUGACGGUACCAGCAGUGGCCAUCAUCCUUUCUAUGACAGUGCCCAGAGGAACAACCCUGCGUCUAUACGCAAUGUCCUCCAGUGCAACUUGAGUCGCUACUUUAUGGAAUACGAGCGCAUGCAGGACUUGGAGCGACCGGGUGGCAGCCGAGAGGUGGCCGGUCAAGGUCCAGUGCAGGAGCUGUUAGCCAACAGUAUUGAUUCUGAAAGACCUGGGCCUUCACACCGGAGCUCCUCUCACCCUGCAGAGGGUAGCAGCAGUGCUGGGCUGCCUCACAGCCACCCCAACCGCUGCCGCUCCUGCCACAACCUCCUUACCUUCAAUCAUGACACCCAGCGCUGGGAGCGUUCGGGACAGACCUCCUCUACUGCCGCUCAGGAGAGCGCACCCUGGCAGCUGACCGUGCCUGCCUUCGAGGACCCCACUCAGAACUCCAGAGGGGAACCUCAUGCCCCGGAGAUGAGGGCCCUGGACCCUGCCGAGUCAUCCUCCAGCCUGCGGGGGCAGCAGCCAAUGGGUCUGGUGUACAACCAGGAGACGGGCCAGUGGGAGAGAGUGUAUCGGCAGGCCACAGCCAGCCCCUCAACAGACGCAGCACAAGAAGCCUUAAACCCAGAGGUGCCUGUGGACAACCCUGAUGAGGACUCGCUCAGAAGGAGGCUUUUAGAGUCAUCACUCUUUCCUUUCUCCCGGUAUGACAUGUCUGGAUCCCGGGACCACCCUAUCUACCCGGAUCCUGCCAGGUUGUCUCCAGCUGCAUACUAUGCUCAGAGGAUGAUCCAGUAUCUAUCUCGGAGGGAAAGCAUUCGUCAACGGUCUUUACAGAACCGCCUGCGCACUCUUUCCUCUUCCUCUGACAACCAACCUGGCAACCCGUCAUCUGCACCAGCAGAGGGCAGUGAUGCUGACUAUGAGGAGAUAGAGGAGCCUGGAGACAGGACAAGACACAGAAUGCCCCGCAAUGCACGAAUGUCUGCACCCUCUCUUGGCCGCUUUGUGCCAAGGAGGUUCCUGUUGCCUGAAUAUCUUCCUUAUGCUGGUAUUUUCCACGAGAGGGGUCAAUCAGGUCUUGCAACCCACUCGUCAAUCAACAGAGUGUUGGCAGGUGCAUCGAUUGGUGAUGGCCAGUCAGCAGUGGCCAGUAACAUAGCCAACACUACUUACAGGCUGCAGUGGUGGGACUUCACCAAGUUUGACCUCCCUGAGAUCAGCAACGCCUCUGUGAAUGUGCUGGUUCCACACUGUAAGAUCUAUAAUGAUGCUAGUUGUGAUAUCUCGGCGGAUGGGCAGCUCUUGGCUGUUUUUAUACCAAGCAGUCAGCGGGGCUUUCCAGAUGAGGGCAUCCUCGCCAUCUACUCUCUUGCUCCCCACAAUCUUGGAGAAAUGCUCUACACCAAGAGAUUUGGUCCCAAUGCCAUCUCUGUAAGCCUGUCUCCAAUGGGCUGCUAUGUAAUGGUGGGAUUGGCCUCUCGCCGAAUCCUUCUCCAUCCUACCACCGACCACAUGGUGGCACAAGUGUUCCGUUUACAGCAACCCCAUGGGGGAGAGACCUCCAUCAGAAUGGUGUAUAAUGUGGUGUACCCAAUGGCUCCAGAUCAGCGCAGGCAUGUCAGUAUUAACUCUGCUCGCUGGCUGCCUGAGCCUGGAAUGGGCCUGGCCUAUGGGACCAACAAAGGAGAUCUGGUUAUUUGCAGACCUGUUGAUUACCGGAAUGAUGGAGACAGCAGUAGUGAUCAGACCUCAGAUCCUCUGUUCACCUUAAACAGCAGCGGCAGCAGCAGCCGCACUCGUGGAGUGGAACGCCCGGGGACUAGUAGAUCUGGCUGGCGUUUAGACAGGGAUAUGGGACUGAUGAACGCCAUUGGCCUGCAGCCUCGGCAGCCCGCCCCCUCAGUGACCUCACAGGGCACACAGACACCGGUGGUGCGACUACAGAAUGCAGAGACACAGACUGAGAGAGAGCUUCCCUCAACGAGUGUAUUCCAGGCUAUACACAGACCCCAACACUUGGUGGAGACUAGUGAGGUUCAGACCACUAGCACAGAGACACUCCCAGACAAUGAGACGCGGCACACAACACACGCACUGGCCCACGCAGCAGCGUCUCAUGAACCCUCAUCACAAACUGACUCAGUGGCCACCAACAAUGGGGAGUCGCAGGCUGAGCCUGGCCUGGGAGAGGAUGCUCUGUCCCGGAUCCGGCGGCUCAUGGCGGAGGGGGGCAUGACUGCGGUUGUCCAGAGAGAGCGCAGCACCACUAUGGCCUCCAUGGGGGGCUUCGGGAACAACAUCGUGGUCAGUCAUCGGAUUCACCGUGGCUCCCAGACCCCUGCAGGAGCAGCACAGCCCAGCAACCCAGAGGCCGGCCCCAGCACAGCACAGCUGUUCUCAGACUCUUCAGAAGAACAUUCUGCACAUUCUGCUGCUUCAGGGUCUCUUCCUUUAGAAAUGCCCUCCAGUUCUGCCCUGCUGACUUCAGGCCCAAGUGUGGCGCUGGAGGGUGCAAUGGCGCCCUCUGUGGCCAUGGAGGACAUGGCACAAUCGGGGGACAGUCAGACAGAGGCCUAUGCUCAGCCCUCGUCUAGUACUGCGUACACAUCGAACAUCCGUAGUAACAGCAACCGCAACAACAACAACCGUACAACCGAGAGUAGCGGCAGGGAUUACUCUGACGACCUGUACAGCAGAUAGUGCUACCUUUGGCUGUCGAGGGGGAAAAGAAGGAAAAACGCACAUCUAAAUCAUGGUAGCAGGCUGGUCCGUGUUGUGUCGGGCUGUAAAAGGUUCUCGUGACGGAAUGGAACACUGGGGCGGAACUACGUGCCUGUGUUUUUGCCUCCUCCUGCUUUGGCCUUAUUUGCAGAAGAAUGAGUGCCAAGUUUCCAUGCUGUCUCCUUUCAGAGGAGCCGUCAACCUGCCUCUCAUACUAAAUGUUAUACAGACGCUUUUGUUUUCCUCCUCCUCUUUGUUGUGGAAGGCCAUCAUAGUUGCACUUGGUCAUUGCACUUCAACUGUAGUUUUGCUUCCUUUGAUACAAGUCUCAGACAUUUGAUCAUUCCAUGCCAGAAAGGGCUUCUACUUGAGUUAUUCUUGUACAGGGGUACGGAAUCGGCGGGGGUUCAGUUUACUGCUCUUUCAAAGCGCUGUCAGUGUCAUCCUCAACCAAUCAAAGUGCCAGGCAGGGCAAGGCUGCAGGAACAGGUCUGCUGGUCGUCUCAGCCACAGCAGACGGACCAUAUGCUCAUAUGUUAAUUUCUGUAAACAAAUCAAGUCAUUUGAGCUCAAAUAUUGGAGCAGAGCCAGAGGGGUAGGUCAUUUAACUCAGCUUCACUGCUUAUAAUAAUCAAUUCUGUAAUUAUUAUGUGUGCCCCCCCGCCCCCCUCCACACACACACACUCUUAGUAGUCUUGGUAGAGCAGGGACUGUGACCAAGGUGUUCAAACGGUUCUAACAUCUGUACAGGCUGACGUGUUCUAGCUUUUUAACAAGCAUUACGUAAGGAGCGUUCGCUCAGAACAGCGUAGCCCUUCGCCAGUGUUCUUUUACAACUUUUAGGUUUCUUUGAAACUGGCUUAAGAAAAUUAUUUUGCUUAGUUAACUGGAGAAGAAGGAGAGGGUGGAAAAAAGCAUUUUCACAAGCUUCCUGUGUAGUUAACAAGUUGAAGUUGAUCAUUUUUUUAGGAGCCAAAAGGGCCAAAAAAAAAAAAAGAAAAGAAAAUGACAGCGAUCACCCACAAUUUUGGUCUUUGCCUGCAGUGGAAGGCGUGUGUCUGCAGUGGAAUGGCUCUUUUCGAUUGCUCGUUGGGCUCUGAACCAUGGCCCUGAACCAAUGCUGCUUCUUGCUCUCACCUCCGUUCAGCCUGUGAUGCUAAAACUAACUGCUAAAACGUUUUUUUGUCUUCAUCCCACCAGUCACAGCAUGCCUAGGACACCUAAAGUGACAACUAGUAUCUGAUUGCACUAAUAAACACCCUGGUUUAUCUCCAGACUUACCCCACGCCGGCGACGAGAGUCGUCACAAGGACAGAUGGGGGAAUGUUUCUGCCCCUGUUAAAAGUCGGGUGUAGGAGAAACGAAAAAAUACUUGAAUUUGAAUUACAUACAGUAGAAUAUCUCUAAUGGGUGAGGCUUCUCCAGGCUUCCAGUGUUGUUUUUAUUGGAAGACCAGCCUUGAACCAGCAAUUGCGCUGAAACACACAAACACUGCGUAAAAUGACUGGCCCGUGUGCUUGUGCGUGCGUGUACUACUGUGCAUGAGUGGUUGAAUCACAGGUAAGUGUAGCAUCUCCAACCAACAAAUGAUGAAUGAAUUAAGGAGAAAAAAAUAACAGACUUGAAAGCUCAGUUGUUCUUUUUGUUUUUGUUUUUAGAUACUUAUAAAUAUAUAAAUAUAUAUAAAAUGCUCUGUGCGCCGGCUCCCCUCCCCGUGCUCCUGAAGUUCAUGUGUUUCUGGUCAGGACGUCUGAUGUAGAGCUAUGGACCUUUUUGUGGACUUUGUGGAAGCAUUGAGGGAGGGGCGUUCCUCGUUCCUGUGCUCCCGGGGACAAACGACAAGCAUGGAACAUCAUAAUCAUCCUGGUUGGAUUUUAUUUGGUGUCGGAAAAAAACAAAAACUGAGCCUGUGGUUAUUUUUUUUUGUUUUGUCUUUUUUUUUUUUUAUAUAUAUAUAUAUAAAGUUUGAGUAAAUUUGAAAAAAACAUGAGACAGUGUGCCCUUCAGUAGUCUCUCGCUGCCCCCAAUUCCUCCCUUUUAGCUGACUAGUAUUUAUCCCUGUUUUUGCCACCAUAAAGAUAGAAAAAAGAUAGAAAUAGCUAAGUACCCUCACCUUCCCACUAUCUGUUCAAUGCCUUGAUUAUGGGAAAUUUGGUCAGUGUUGAAUUUUAUGCACCACAUUUUCAUAUGGAACAGAGUAAGCAAGUGAGUGAAUAAUUGAUUGAUUGAGUGAGUGAGUGAGCGAGUAGUAAGUGAGCGAGCGAGUAAGCAGUAAGUGAGUUCUAGAGAAAAUCAUUGUGACUUGACUGUCAAGCCUAUAUGCCUUUUAAGCUUUGAGUGGUUUUGAUUGCUAUUGUUUAAAAUGUUAGUAGAACUAAACUCUUGUUGGUGCUGUUUGUUGUUUGUUUGUUUGUCUGUCUGUUUGUUUAUUUAUUUUUCACUUUACAAGGUUAGCGUGGUACAGUCGUCGAAGAAAGGAGUCUGAGUGGAUUUUCCAGUGUAUCUUUUCGUUUCCCUGAACACUGUUACUGAUCUGAGAACUGAAUAGAGCAAUAUGGAGCGGCAAGGACGCAGGGAUGGAAAAUUGUCAUCAAGCAAACUGUAGCAUUCCCUCUCUGUGUUGUGUGACUGUAUCCUCUGUUCUCUUUUAUUCUGUUCAACCUAGUCAUAAAUAUAUCAACUCAUAAGGGUUUCUUUCUUUCACUCUAUAAUAAUUUGCCUGUUUCAGACCAUGCAGUACACAGAGUUUGAGAUAACUAUAAUGAUAAUGAUGAUGAUGUCGUGUGUGUGUUGCUCUCUUUAGGGUUUGUUUUAGUGUUUUAGGCUCUCUUCAGAAUCUCAUGUACAUACUGGUCAACUGAAGCAUAUGAAAUUAAAGAAGAUGCCAGCAAUGUAAAACACAAUGUAAAGUGACAGAUAUACAUUACUGAUUCUCUGCCAGUUUUAAUGUCUCACUGCUGGGUCAGUGCUCAAGAAGUCCAAGGCAUGAUAAUGGUGGCAAAAAAACAAACAAAAAAAAUAAAAAAUACUUAAAGUCCCCUUGUCCUCUUGAGGUGAGAGGAGAAUCUUUUAUCGAGUAAAGAAGCGUGAAGUUCGUUCUUUUAUUAGCUAAUCUAGGGGUUAGGUGUUUGUUUAAUGAAGUGCUGUGGGACACCAAAGAUCCAGUGUUAUGAUGAUGGUUAAAAGAGAUUUAAUAAAAUGGGAAUAUUGAAAGUACAGAA